AUGGAUCCUGCAAAGCCAGUCGAGCUGCCCGAACGGCCCAAGGAGGCCGAGCCCCAGGCCGAGCCGAAACAAUCCAAGGCCGCCGCAAAGAAGGAAGCUAAAAAGGCCGCCAAAAAGGCCCUGCAGCAGGAGAACAGCUCUCGGCCCAAGGAGGCUAAGCCCAAGCCCGCUAAAGCUCCCAAGGCGGCUGCGGAGCCCCGCGACCCCGAUCAGAUGUUCAAGGUCGGCUUUUUGCACGAUGUUUACAACGAGCGACCCAUCUCGGAGACACACCCUAAGAUUCGCACGCGUUUCCCUCCCGAGCCGAACGGGUUCUUGCACAUCGGACACAGCAAGGCUAUUGCGAUCAACUUUGGGUUCGCGCGGUACCAUGGCGGCGAAUGUAUCUUGCGUUUCGACGAUACCAAUCCCGAGGGGGAGGAGGAGCGAUAUUACAAUGCGAUUCGGGAUAUCGUUCACUGGUUGGGUUUCACGCCGGUGCGGGAGACUUGCGCCAGUGACAACUUUGACAAGCUCUACGAGUACGCCGAGGAUUUGAUCAAGCGCGAUGGAGCGUACAUGUGCUACUGCUCCAAGGCGGAGAUCAAGGCUGGACGUGGUGAGAGUGAGAGCGGACAGCGCGGUGGGGAGCGCUUUGCUUGCGCGCACCGGGACCAGCCCGUGGAGAAGUCGCUGGAGGAGUUCCGGGCGAUGCGCGAUGGCAAGUACAAGGCGGGCGAGGCCUGUCUGCGAAUGAAGCAGGCUCUCCUGGAAGAUCCCAGGGCGCAGAUGUGGGAUUUGGUGGCCUGGCGAAUUACCGAGAGCGAAGAGAAGGCUCAGCAUCACCGCAGUGGGGGCACAUGGAAGAUUUACCCGACUUAUGACUUUGCGCACUGCCUGUGUGAUAGCAUUGAGGGGAUCACGCAUUCGCUCUGCACGACGGAAUUUGAACUGUCUCGCGUCUCGUAUGACUGGCUCAACGAGAAGCUGGACGUCUAUCGCCCGAUGCAGCGCGAGUACGGCCGAUUGAAUAUCACCGGUACCGUUCUCUCCAAGCGUAAGAUUAUCAAGCUGGUCAAGGACGGUCAUGUCCGCGACUGGGAUGAUCCGCGCCUGUACACUUUGAUCGCUCUGCGGCGCCGUGGCAUCCCUCCCGGGGCGAUUCUCUCUUUCGUCAACGAGCUGGGUGUUACCAAGGCUGUGACGAAUGUCCAGAUGCACCGAUUCGAUCAGAGCGUGCGCGUCUUCCUUGAGACCACUGUUCCUCGUCUCAUGGUCGUCACCGAACCCCUGAAGGUUGUCAUCGACGAUCUGCCCGAUGACUACGAGGAGCUCGUCGAGGUGCCCUUCGGCAAGGACGCCUCCUUCGGCACGCAUACCGUCCCCUUCACCAAGACCGUUUACAUUGAGCGUUCCGAUUUCCGCGAGGUUGAUUCCCCUGAUUACUUCCGUCUCGCUCCCGGCAAGACCGUCGGUCUCCUCAAGGUCCCCUAUCCUAUUACUGCUACUUCCUUCGAGAAGGACCCCACCACCGGCGUCGUCACCGUUGUGCACGCCAAAUACGACAAGCCCGCUGAAGGCGAGCCCGCACCCCGCCCCAAGACCUUCAUCCACUGGGUCGGCGAAUCUGCCAAGCACAACAGCCCUAUUCGCGCCGAGAUCCGUGCCUUUAACUCUCUGUUCAAAUCCGAGGAUCCCUCUGCGCACCCCGAUGGCUUCCUCGCGGAUAUUAACCCCGACUCAGAGGAGAUCUACAAGGAUGCGAUGAUCGAGACUGGAUUUAAUGAGAUUCGCCGUACAGCACCGUGGCCCAAGGCUGCAGGUGAGACAGACGUCGAGUCGAAUUUGCACUGUAUCCGGUUCCAGGGCAUGCGUAUCGCUUACUUUGCUGUCGAUCGCGAAACAACGGCUGAUAAGAUUAUUUUGAACCGCAUUGUGACUCUGAAGGAUACUCAGGGUAAGAACUGA